GUUGUAUUAUAAUUAAACAUAUCGCCAACUGAACAAUUGACGCUUUGACGUAAUCGCGGUGCGUUGUUUAAUCAGAAUUGUAGAAAGCGUAUUUUCGUUUAAUAAAAUUGUAUAAGAACUGCAAGUGAAAAACUGAGAACAAUAUUUAAUCUACAGGUGAAAUUAUUUACUGCAUUGGAAAAGUUACAGAGAAAUUAUUUAUUAUCCACAAACCAAAACUCCAGUGGCAGUGUCUACUUGGUGUCGUAUAGCGUACUGCCGAUUACGAUUAGACGUCCAAAUUCCAAAUGGCAGAUCAUAAUUAUUGUGACAAUGUCGAUGUUUUAAAAGUGGAAGCGUCUAGCAGUGAAAGUGAGGAAUCAAGAAAUGCGCCAUUGUUGUCUGAUGAUCCAGAUUAUGAAUUGCCAAAUACUGGUGUUCAAACAAGACUCAGAACAAAAAAAAGAAUUCAUGAAGCAUGCUGGACACCAGUUCGUACUGCUCCUGGUCUGAGACCUAACUGUGUUAUAUAUUAUGAUGGCAAUGGUUUUGCAUACCAUAAUCACAAAAUUGCAAAUAAUAAAAAAUACUUAAAAUGCACCCAAAAAAGUAUUAAAAAUAAGCCAUGUCCAGCAAGAGCUGUUAUUCGUAACCAAGAUAACAUGAUACGGCAUUCAGGUGAACCUCAUACUCAUAAACCAAGAAAUUAUGAAGAUGAAUUAUUAAAAAGAAAUUUUUUGAUGAAAAUCAGAGAAAGAGCAAUUUCUGAAUAUACACCUAACAGAAAAAUAUUUGAUGAAGAAAUGAAAAAAACUCCUAAAUUGAGAGGUAAAGUAUCAUUUUCAAGCACAGCAAGAAGAAUGCAGCGUUUCCGUCAACCUCAAAAAAUGCAAGGUCCUUUAUUUCCUAUUGAGGACAAUGAACUCCUUGAUGCUAUAAAUGAUUAUAAAAAUAUCCCAAACAUUGAAACAAAUAACAGUCAAGCAUCCAAAAAUGAUUUACUAAUUGAUGAAUUUGACGCAGCUAGUCAUAUGGAAGUGAUUGAAGUAAAUGACUUGUAUACAGAUAGUGAAGAGUAUUUUAAUGAUCAAGAUGAUCACAGUAAUAUGAAAGAAAAUAAAGAAAAUAUAACUCUGAAUACUCAAAAAGAAUCUGAAAAAACUGUUAACAUGUUUUGUUGUAUUUAUUGUAACAAAUGGCAAGAAGCUCAAGUUUAUGAAUUUGUACCUAAUGAAAAAUCUAAAAUAAUUGAACCUAAAGAAAAAGUAGAAAAUAAAACUCCAAAAUCUUUAGAAAAUAUUUCUUCUCCUAAUGUAUCAAACAUAACACCUAUUCCAACUCUUCUAGAAAAUAUAACUCCGAGUUGUAGCCAAAAAAUAGUCCAAAAUUUCCCAGAAACUUCAGACAAUAUUUCUAAUGAUUACGAUGACCAUCAGAAUUCUUUUAAACAAGUUGACCCCAUCAUAAAUGAAGAUAGUAGUUUACUAGAAAAUGAUAUUUCAGAUUCUUUAGAUGUGACAAAAUCACCAACACAAGAAAGAAAAAAUAAACCCAAUAAAAAGUUGGGUUUUUUACAAAUGAGAAUUGAUUCAACAAUUUAUUUUGAUAAUAUGGGAUACAGCUAUCAAAUCCAAAAUGAAAAAAAUGACAAAAAGUACCUAAGAUGUGUAGUAUGGGGUAAAAAAAAAUGUCCAGGACGUGCACAUUUAAACAAAACCACUCUCAGUAUUACUAGAUCAAGGGGUCAUAAUCAUUUGCCAUCAACUAACUGUGAUGCAGAAAAACAAGCGCGUGCAUUUUUACAUGCUAUCAAAGGAAGAGCGCAAGAUGAGACUACAUCACUGAGAACAAUUUAUGAGGAAGAAAUAAAAAAAUUUCCUCUUGCAGCUUCUGUUGUUAACUAUGCUAACGCAACAAGGCGAAUGCAGCGAACAAGACGUCUAAAACAUCAACCAGAUACCAUUGUUAAGAAAGAACCACCACUAUUGUUGUCAGUACAAGUAAUACCCGGAACUCGGCGUGGUACAUCUUUGUAUAUGGACGAAUUAGGUUAUUAUUAUCACAAUGAUACACUGACAAGUAAUGGAAAAAUCGUUAGAUGUACUAAAAAUAGAAAAACGGCCACAGAAGAUGCUUGUCAUUCAAGGGGUUUCUUACGUGCUUCAGGUGAUGGAUUUGUCAUAUACCGUACAAAAAAUCAUAAUCAUUCCCCUGGUGACUUAAAAAGAAAUCCUAUGGAACGAUCAUUUAUAAACACUUUGUGUGAAAGAGCUAAAAAUGAUUUACAUAUGGGUCUUAAAGAUAUUUAUAGUGAAGAAGUAGAAAGGUUUCUUGAUGUUGCUGAUAAAAUACCAUAUCGAAUGGCUUGGCGAAGUAUGGCAAGAAUGAGACAGCCCCCUAAAGCUUCUGGUGAUGUUAAAGUAGUUAACGUAUCUGUAGUUUCUGGUCAUUGGGAAGGUUAUACAUUAUAUAGAGAUGAAAUAGGAUUUCUAUAUUCUAUGAGAAAAGGAAGAAAAUUUGUGUGGUGUCAUAUGAACACUAAAUUAAAAUGUUUAGUCAAAGGAUCAAUAACAUCAGAAAAUGAUGUGUAUGUGAUGGAAUAUACAGGAGAACAUAACCAUCCCCCUCUAGAUAAUGAUGAAUUCCAAGCGGCCAUUUUUAUUGAAAAAAUAAUGUUAAGAUGUGUAGACGAAGACAGCAAACCUAAAAAGUUAUAUGAAGAAGAAAUUAUCAAUUUUCCAGGUGUAGAAAAACGUGUAACCUUAGCAUAUGCGCGGGAAAAAAUCAAAGCUCGACGGAAAAGUUCAUUAAAAAAAAACCAAGCGCAAGAAAUAUUGCAAACCACUUGUGAACCUUUGCAAUUUUUUGAAUUUUGGGGAGCUGGAAAUAGUAAUGUGGUUGCAAACGAAGAUGACAUUACAGAAGAUAUUGUUUGUUCGGAUGAUGAAGAAUAUGAAGAAAACAAUAAGGAGUUUAAUGAUGUUUAUUCUGAUGAACUAGGAUACCAAUAUUCAUUAGUUAGUGUCAAAAAUAAUACCAGGUAUUUGGAGUGUAUAGAUAAAGGUAAAGGUUGUUUGUCUCGAGGAGAAAUGUUCAAAGGAGAAAACAGUGAAUGGCUGUUUGUUCAGCAUCGCUCUUUGCAUAAUCAUCCACGACCACCUACAUCAAAAAGCGACAAGAAAUGAUUUCAUUAUUAUUUGUUUUACUAAUUAUAAAAUGUUUUCAUAUCUUUUAUUGCUUAGUAAUUUUCAACUAAAAUUAAUUUAACUACAUCAAAUCUUUUAUAAAUAUAUAUUUUGUAUAUAUUUCUUUAUUAUUAUUACUAUUAAUAUUUAUGUGUAUUCAUGAUUUAGAUUUAUUAUAACAAUAAUCUUUUAAAGCAAGUAAUUUUUUUGAAAAAUUAUUAGAAUAUAACAAAUACAAAACUAGUGAAUUAUUCACCUAAGGUUUUAUUCUAAACCUAAUCUAUAUAAGUUCUCAA